AUGUUUAUUGUUGUGGCUUUUUUUGAUAUGCCCAUCUUAGAUUCUUCCUAACAGCAACUUUGAGAGACUGGAUUAUGGGCCAGAGAAAAGACCAAGCCUCUUCAACAUGAGCUCUAAGGGUACAUCCUAAGGGAGGUGUGAACCUCCUUGGAGAAGGCACCCUGUUGACUGCCAUUACUUCGCUGGCCUAGGAGGAGAGCUGGCCAGGUAAAGACCUGCUUAAAUCAUGGAAAAUCAAAGACUUCCAGGAGAUACUAGCUACUCUGAUUCCCAAGCUGCCCACUCAGAGCCUCAGACUACCUUUCCAGGGACUGAAGAGGUAUAUUCAGAUUCCCAGACUGCCUAUUCAAAGCCCCAGGCUGCCUAUCCAGAUACCCAGCUGGCCUAUUCAAAGACUGAGGAUGCCUAUCUAGAAUCCCAGGGUUCCUUCUCAGACACUGAGGAUGCCUAUGAAGAACCCCAGCUUGGCUAUGCAGAUCUCUACCCUGACUCAGCCGGCUAUGCAGGCACUGGCUUUGCCAGCUUUCCUAUUCAAAAUCAGCCGGGAUGUAGUCUGUCAGAUGAAACUGGAGAGGCAUUAGGGAUGCCAGAACCAACACGUCCAUUGGACUGUCCACCGGGAUUGGAAUGCUUGAGUCGGAUGGAUGAAAUGUUAAUUCUCCAGGACAUUAGACUUCUGGAUGUCUUUGCAAAUUUUUUAACUAAUAACAAGUAUCAAAUGAGGAACAGCCUUGGACAGACGGUUCUCUUUGCAGUGGAAGAUUCUGAGUGGUAUUCACGAAUCACCUGUGGGACAUACAGACCUUUCACCUUGAGGAUUUUCAACAAUAUGGACCAAGAAGUAAUAACUCUGGAGAGACCACUAAGAUGUAGCAAGUGUUGUUUCCCCUGGUUCCUUCAGGAGCUAAAAGUCCAAGCUCCGCCUGGUGUACCAAUAGGUUAUGUUAUGCAGAUCUGGCACCCUCGCCUUCCAAUGUUUAUAAUUCAAAAUGCGAAGAGAAAGAAUGUGCUAAACAUUACUGGCCCAUGUAAUACAUGGAACUGUUGUAAAGCAGUCAAUUUUGAGAUUAAAUCUGUUGAUGAAGAUAGUGUGGUUGGUAAGAUUUCCAAGCAGUCAUCUGGUUUUGUGAAAGAGAUUUUUAUAAAUGCCGGUAACAUUGAGAUCCAGUUCCCUAAAGAUCUCAGCGGGACAAUGAAAGCUGUGGUGCUUGGCGCUUGUUUCCUCAUUGAUUUCAUGUUUUUUGAAGGUAGAGGCUAUGUUCAGCAAAUUGUAUUUAUGUAACUGGAUUAUUAAUCUCCACUAAUAAUUGAAGCCUGUAUAUUCACAUUCAUUUAAAAAUGUGGUUUUCCUUAUUAAAAUCACUUGUACCUGCAUGAAUUAAGCUGUGCUGCUAUACUUCCAGCAAAUCUCCACCAGUCCCAGUACCUCCAAGUGGUGAAUGAUGAAAAUGUUAUAUGGAACAGGAAGGAACUCUAUGGAAAACAAAGUUUAGAACCUUUCCAACUGACUGAAGUCAUCCUCCAGAUGCCAUAUUUCAAUUAUGGGAUGCAGUGUUAUCUAAACAUUAGUUACAACCUGCUAUUAUGCCAAGUUUACCUCCAUGAUUCUAUUUUAUGGAAUCUGACAUAUGAAGAAUUAGGUGGACUGAAGUCAAGAGUCUUUAGAGGUGUAGAUACACAUGGAAUUACUGGUGGUCCAUUGAAGAAUUUUGUUCCAUGAUCACACUCUGGCUUCUAAGAAGAACAGGACAUUCUCAUACAGAAAUUCCUAAAUGUGCUCAACUGUUAAACAUGUUGCCAACAGAAGCAUAAAGAAAUCUCCCAUCUUUGAGAGAUCUGUUUUAAAACUAAGCCUUUCAAACAGGGCUCAUGAUACAACUUCCUGCUGGUGCUAAGAUCACAGGAGUAAGUCAGAAUGUCCUAAAGCAUCAAUAAACCUGCAUAUUUGGCUGAAGCAUAAUAUAAGAUACAUAUUCUCUCUAAGGAUUCAGGGCAUUUAUGUAAUCUACAUUAUGAGUUCUUAUGAUAUGAAACCUACAAUACAAUGGAUGUGUACACCAAGGACAACAUCCAAUUGUCCACCAGGAUUGGAACAUUUGGCUCAGAACUCGGUCAUUGGGAAAUUAGUAAAACAUAUGAUGUCAUGAAUAAUCAAGGACAUAGAAUUUAUUUUGCAGAAGAGAAAAAUAAUUGGUUCCUUCAAAAGAUUUGUGGGACUGUAAGACCUUUUACUAUGACAAUUUACGACAACGUAGGUCAAGAUGUAAUUACUAUACAUAAAGCUCUGAGAUGUAGCUCUUGUCUGAGUAGCUGCUGUCUACAAAAGGUCA